AUGCGGAAGAGCAACGACACGAUGCUCGAUAGCCAUCGAUGGCAGGCUCACAAGGAAAUUGCUCCCCGCUGGACUCUGUGUGAGACUUGCGAUCGCAACAUCGAGACCAAGGACUGGAACUCCCACCAGGCUGGCAAGCAGCACCAGAAGAACAAGAAGGUCAUGGAGGAGAAGGAGGCUACUGAGAAACCCGUUGCCGAGCAGCAGAUGACGACGGAGUGGGGCGACGAGGUCAACAACGACGUUGCUCAGCAGGAGGACACCGACUGGACCAACAAGAACGGCUUCACCAGCGCUGCUCCUCCUAAGAACAAGGGCGGCAGCGGUGGCGACCGUGGCUGCUUCAACUGUGGCAAGACUGGUCAUAUGAAGGCCGACUGCCCCGAGCCUCCCAAGAGCGGCGGCGCAAGGCCGUGUUACGGCUGCGGCGGGUUUGGUCAUCUCAAGGCCGAAUGCCCCAAUCCGUCCCAGGGCAGCGGAGGGCGUACCUGCCACAACUGCGGCGAGCCUGGUCAUCUCAAGAGCGAGUGUGUCAACCCGACGAACCCUGCCGCUGGUGGUGGAGACAGUCGUCCUUGCUUCAAGUGCGGUCAGACCGGCCACAUGGCCAGGGACUGCGACAUCUGCGCCAACUGCGGUGAGCAGGGCCACAACUUCUUCCAGUGCGACAAGAAGAAGGAUUGGUCAAAGAUCACUUGCUCUGUCUGCAAGGAGAAGGGACACACCAAAAAGAAGUGCCCCAAGGCUGCCGAGAUGGAGGCUGGCGGCGGCGGCUUCGGUGGCGGCUUCGGUGGCGGAUUCGACAGCGGCUUUGGCGGCUCGACUUCCGGUGGCUGGGACGCGGCCGGUGGUUCAGGUGGUGGUGGUUGGGACAUGGACAGCGGUGCUGCUGCUGGUGGUGGCGGCGAAUCCUCCAACGGCUGGGCUGGAGACGUUUCGGCUUCUGCCAGUGGUGGCAGCGACUCCUGGAACGGUCACGGCGGCGCAGGUGCUGCUGGCGGUAGUGGCUGGGACAACUCUGGCAACUCCGGCGACACUGGCGGCUGGUAA